CGGGGUGUGGGUGUGUGAUGUGUAUAGGUUUGCAGGUGGGUGUGUAUGUACUGUGUGCGGCUGCCUCUGUUGGUGUGACUUUGUUAGUGUGGCCCCUAGUGGGCCGGUCCAUGUGAUCAUGCACGUGACCGCAUGUCCCUCUGUGUAUGUGUAUCUGUCUAUCUGUCUGAGGUCAAGUUUGACUUCCUGAGGUGGUCGUUGUACUGUGACCCUGCCUUGUUGUGGCUUUCACAGGCGGGACUGGGAAAGGGUGGGGUCUGUGUUUGGAUCAUCUGGGGAUGGGGGUGCGGGUCUCUUGACCAGGGCAUACUAUUGUAAUCUGGUCCCGGGGAUACACUGCUGCAGCCCAGGAAUAUGUUUUUCAACUUUUAAGAACUCUGAGCAGAAGCUAGUUAUUUCGAAGACUGCACCUCAGCCUGAAAGUGACAAAUGUCUUUGUCAUUGCUCAGUACCUGGUGUGAGACUUGUGAAUGGGGGAUGAGGAAAGUAACAGGACUAGAGUGCGUUGCUUUCCUUCUUCUGGCUUUCCUAGGGAGUUAUAAAUUCUGCAUUUAUGCUGCUGCUUUGUCUUCUUGUACAAUGUUCCAGCUCCUGUUAGCAGCAUGAUUCAAGAGACCGAGGAGUAACUUAAUAGCUGUGUGCAAAUUUCCAAGAGCUUUUAUACCAAGACAGUACAAGAUGAGGUGUCACAGAAGAAAUGUCAAGUUGGCAGCUUUUCCUCCCAUGAGGUUUAGACAAUAAUGGAGUAAGUUCCUGAAGAAAAGAGGGAUAAAUGUUCCCCUAAAGAAAUCUGGAGGAAGAAAGGAUAGCUGUGUACUGGUGUGGUGAGCUGUUGAGAUUUGCAUUAAAAAAGCCAACUGCAUUGCCUAGAGACUCUCAGGUCCUAAUAUUUAGUUACUGCUGGCAUUAAUAAUCACAGACUGUCCAUAUGUGGAUCAACUACAGAUUGAGAUAAAGGAUCCAAAAACCUCUGACUAGUUAAUCUGGUUAUGUGACUUAAACAUUUUUAAAGAUGAUUUCAUUGACUGUAAACUGGCAGGUUCUGUUGAAUCCCUGAGGGGUAAGUGCACACUCACAAUUGGCAAUUUUAUUGUCUAGCACCACAGGGCCAGAGAGGACUAACUGUCCAAAGUACUCCCUGAGGAGGGAUUUCUUUAGGCAAGAUUAAGGCUGAUCUCUGUAGCCCUUUUCCCACCAGCAUGAACAGGUGCUUUUGUUUUUGCGAAGAAUUGAAUUGUGAGAGAUCAGAUCAGUGUUGAGCUCCUGGUCGACAUUCUUUCUUAUUUAAUAGUGACCAGCUUGGUCACAAUCUCAGUUAACCUUUUUUUGCCAUAUACAGAAUGUUCCUCUCGUGACUUGGAAAAGUAUACCCCUUUAGUGAAUGAAAGAGAGCUCGGAGAACAGACUUCCUUUUCAUACCACUCACAGCUGCUUUCUCUUUGCAGCAGUGAGUUUUUUUGUUGGUUUUUUUUUAACUUAGAUGUCAGUUGGUCAGAUGCAACAUUUGGUAUCUAUCUUACCUUUCAUGUAUUGCCAAACUAACACAAGUGUUAAAAUCACUUGCCUCUACAAAAAUUUAGUCACAGUUGGGUGGAAUCUCUCCAUCCAGUGAGAUUAGUUAUAAAAUGUUAUACUGAGGUGGUUGUGAAUAAUGCUGAGGACUGUGGUAAGGCACAUCUUUCUACUUGUUGCUCUGGGAAGAAGUGGAUGUCAGUGAAUGUGUGUGCCUGUGUAUGAUCUGUAUGUCUAUGAUAGUUUGGUUUGUACCUUGCAGCUGAUUCCAAAACUGAAUUAAUUUAUCCCAAGUUUGGCAAAUCUAGAAGCUACCUUUCUGGCUUUAAGUAGCUUAGAUAUUUUAUAAACCUACUGAGUAGAUUCCAGGGGCUUAGAUUUUUUUUUUUAACAUGUUAAUAUUCGUUAAGAGAAAAUGGAUAUGCAAAGAACGAUUUUCUUUAUUCCAGGAUGAAUUAUAACUACAUCUGUGCACACUGAUUUCAGCAUAAGACUGGCUAAUGAUAUUCUUGGUACUUUUGAGAACAGCUUAUGAUUUUAACAAACUUUUCUAAAAUUACCAUCCUAGCCUUGAGGGAACAGACCAUUAUUGCAAUGUCAAGGUUGUAAAUCAAGUUUAAUAAUGGAUGCCUACGUCUCCCAUCUCCUUGGGGUUUAGUAACCUCCCCAAGAUUAGAGGUAACUGUUAUGAUUGCUAAGUUCCCUGAAUUCCUGAGUUGGCAGAUGUGGAGGGCCAAAAAGGAGUCCCCAGCUCCUGGCCAGUCCAGAGAACUGCACCCGCUGACCAACCACUCAAAAUAACAAUUCAGAGUCAGCCCAGGAGGGUUAACCUCCAUUUCAGCUAAUCAUGGGAGAGAUUAAAGUCUCUCCUGAUUAUAACUGGUUUAGAAGUACAGUUCCCCUUAAAAAGAUUAUCGUGGAUGAUGAUGAUAGUAAAAUAUGGUCGCUGUAUGAUGCAGGCCCCAGAAAUAUCAGGUGUCCUCUGAUAUUUCUUCCCCCUGUCAGCGGAACUGCAGAUGUAUUUUUCCGGCAGAUUUUGGCUUUGACUGGAUGGGGUUACCGGGUUAUAGCUUUGCAGUAUCCAGUUUAUUGGGACCAUCUUGAAUUCUGUGAUGGAUUUAGAAAACUUUUAGAUCAUUUACAACUGGAUAAAGUUCACCUGUUUGGGGCUUCUUUGGGAGGCUUUUUGGCCCAGAAAUUUGCUGAAUACACACACACAUCUCCCAGAGUCCAUUCCCUCAUCCUCUGCAAUUCUUUCAGUGACACCUCCAUCUUCAACCAAACUUGGACUGCAAACAGGUCCUUGUUUUACAGCUUUUGGCUGAUGCCAUCAUUUAUGCUCAAAAAAAUAGUUCUUGGAAACUUUUCAUCUGGCCCAGUGGACCCUUUGAUGGCUGAUGCUAUUGAUUUCAUGGUGGACAGGCUGGAAAGUUUGGGUCAGAGUGAACUGGCUUCAAGACUGACCCUGAAUUGUCAAAAUUCUUAUGUGGAACCUCAUAAAAUUCGGGACAUCCCUGUAACCAUUAUGGAUGUAUUUGACCAGAGUGCACUUUCAACCGAAGCUAAAGAAGAAAUGUACAAACUGUAUCCUAAUGCCCGGAGGGCUCACCUUAAAACAGGAGGCAAUUUCCCAUACCUGUGCAGAAGUGCAGAGGUGAAUCUUUAUGUACAGAUACAUUUGCUGCAAUUCCAUGGAACCAAAUACGCGGCCAUUGAUCCGUCGAUGGUCAGUGCUGAGGAACUUGAGGUGCAGAAAGGCAGCCUCAGCAUCAGUCAGGAGGAGCAAUAGUUGUGGUGUUCGUUGUUAAUGAUGCGUGAUCCAGAGAGUUCUUGUACAAUCAUGGCGUCAGUGCCCACCCGGCGGCCUCUCCAUUCGGCUGUCAGGUUCACCGGUUAUCACUGUGUUUGGAAGUAGGACUGAUUGUCGUCUUUGUGACAGGCGGCAGCUCUUCUAAGCCAGUGUAACUGUUCCCUCUUCGGUUUUUUUAGCUUUUGAAUUUGAGGAAGUACUUUUGAAGACUCCCAUUUUAAGAAUUGUGAAAAUUUUGCUACCAAAAGUCAUCACCACUGUGUUCUUAAGCGAAUAUUAAUUUCUGAAGUUUGGGAUUUUGUGAGGGUUUGUUUCCUUUCUUUUCUUUCCUCCUUUCUUUUUAUGUUAUUUGCUGUAAAUGCUGCACAUCCAGAUUGUGUAUCAGAAGGACAUCAGUUAUUUUUAUGAAUUCUUGGUUAUUGCCGGUAUCAAGUGCCAAGCUGUCACCCUACUGUGUGCUCCCUGCAACAUCAACUACUUCUACUUUCCAGUUAUACAGAAUCAUUUUCAGUUUUAUCUGUUGUCUUUCUAGCCAUUACAGUCAUUUGGAAUAAAAACUCACUUUCAGCGAA